AGAGAGACAAAAUACAGACAAGCACAAUAUUUACAUGUUGCUGUUAGCAUUUAGCCCAAAUAUGACAUUUUUUAUCACCAAACCUUCUUUUCUCCGCUGUUUUAUGCGGACUCGCAGUCUUAUAAGCGAGCAUCAAACACAACAAAUACUAUGUUCAACUAGAAGUUAUGCCACAGAAGGAGAAAAAAGGACACCUAAAAUAUACACUAAAACUGGAGAUAAAGGUUUCUCCAGCACAUUCACGGGAGAAAGGAGGCCAAAGGAAGAUAAUGUUUUUGAAGCGAUGGGAACUACAGAUGAGCUGUCAUCAGCUAUAGGCUUGGCCAGAGAGUUUUGCCUGGACAAAGGUCACACUUUCACAGAUCAGCUGGACAAGAUACAGUGCAUUCUACAAGAUGUAGGGUCCAAUGUUGCUACCCCUCAAUCAUCUGCAAGAGAAAGCCAUUUAAAACGAACAAAAUUCAGCGCUCAGUCGAUCACAGACCUGGAAACCUGGAUUGAUAAAUUUACAGAGGAACUCCCAACCUUAACCAACUUUAUUUUACCAUCUGGUGGGAAGAGUAGUGCGGCCUUGCACUUAGCUCGGACCGUCUGCCGGAGAGCAGAACGCAGUGUUGCUCCAAUCGUGCGCUCAGGAGAGGCAGAUCCAGAUGUUGCCAAGUUCCUAAACAGGCUAAGUGACUACCUGUUCACAGUUGCCAGAUARGCAGCCAUGAAGGAAGGCAGUGAAGAAAAGAUCUACAAGAGACCUGAAUGACCUCAACUAAACAUCAAAGUCUCAAAUGUGUUUGGGAUGGUGGAUGAGGAUAAUCCAGUUAUGGGGUAAACCCAGAACAAAAAGUYUUUUAUUAUUCUGAUGUGUUUAUUAUUCAUUAAAAAUCAGUUAGGUGYUACAUAUACAUCUACUAUAUUAAAAUUCUACAAAGUUUUA